AUGGCAAACUCUGCUACCGUGAAAUUUUUCAAGAAAUUAGUUAAAUUAAUUAAAAAAUCUAAAUCCGAAGAAACUGAUGAACCAACUGAAGAAACUGAACAAACCGAACAAACUGAAGAAAUUAAAGAAACCGAAACAACUGAAGAAACAGAACCAACUGAAGAAACCGAACCAACAACCAAAGAAAAACAAUCAUCCGGAAUCUUUAGUGUCAUUGCGAAAGGAAUAACUAAGGGUUCGAAAGGGAUGGGAAUGUCAAAGAGUUCUCAGAAAUCGGUUAAAAAUACUUCGAAAGCUGCAGAAAAAGAGAAUAGUAGGGACGUUGAUACUACAGCUGUAGAUGAUGCCACUGAAAAUGCUGAUGACGUCGAGAUUACUGAGGGUGCUGUUAAAGCCGUAGCCUAA